UUCUGAGGUCGUCUCAUGUAAAUAAUAUAGCUGAUUUACACCGCAACGUGAAUCCGGUAUGAUAUUUUGUAAUAUUAAUGCUAUUAUUUGGACAUAGAGCGCGACUUUUCACCAUCGACGUGCUCGCUGUCGGCUUGCCAGUUUGCUCCACUUUGCCCUGAUUCCAUAGUGCAUAGCAUUAGCAAUAGCCUCUUAGGUAAGCAGAGGUGACCACGGCUGCGUUCGGACUUGAUUUUGGGGACCUCGCGCCGAAUUGGAAUAAUGGCGAUAUUGACGUGACACGUCAUCUGAAAACGUCCCCGCUAUCGCCAAAAUAAGAGACCCCAGUUGCUGUGAUGCUGCCCUUGUUGCCUAGCAUGCAGCCAUGAGCUCAGUGCUGUGGAGCCAGGAGAAGCCUGGCGGGGGCUUCAGGGAAGACUGGCGCUUCUAUAUGGUGGUGAAGGAGUGCACGGUGGAGAAGCCCCCCCAAAAGACCCUGUGGAUUCCUCGGGGCAGCCUAGGCCAGGCAUGCCAGGAACGUAACAGCAUGGGCCGCACUCUGCCGCCGUGCAAAGGGAAGAAAAGCCUACGCAUUCUGGAUCAGAUCAACGUGGUGCUGAGCCUGGAUGAGCGCGACGUCCUGGAGGUUGACGAAAAACUGGCAGAGCUGCUCUUUCCCAUCACCAACUGUGAGGAACGAUACGCUCUGUUGUGCAACAAGUCACGGCUAGAGCGUGUGCGCGACAUUGACUGCGGCUCAAAGGUGCGUGUCCAGCUGCGCUCUGGGGACGAAUCUCUGCCUGGUGUGGUGCGUUUCAAGGGUUCUCUGAUGCCUGACAGAGCCCUCUCUGGAAUUCUCUUUGGCGUCGAGUUACUGGAGGAGGGUCGAGGCCAGGGCUUCACGGAAGGCUCUUUCCAGGGCCGCCAGCUGUUCCGCUGCGAGGAUGAAUGCGGGGUCUUCGUGGCAUUGGAUAAGCUUGAACUGUGGGAGGAUGAUGAUGAGGAUGAAGAUGACUUGGGUGAGCUGGAUGUAGAUCAUGUCACCCUGGUGGAGGAGGACCAGGACUACCCACCACUGGAGAUAAACUCCAGGGUCCUGGUGCAGACCCGAGAGGGACCUGAAAGAGGCACCAUCAUUUUUUGUGACUUGCUGCCGGGUAACGAGAGCUUGGGUUACUACGUCGGUGUUGACAUGGACAAGCCUAUAGGCGAGUGGGACGGAAUGUUUGAUGGGAAGCUGCUGUGUAACUUUGCCAGUUUGGAGCACACUCGACUUGUCCCCAUCUGUGACGUAAUGCCAGAAUAUUCCAUGCAGGACCAAAGGCUGCAAAAGCACACUUUUGCUCCCAGAGGCAACAGCAACGACAAGUCAUCCUCUGGCCAAAGCAAACCGAAGAGCAAAGGAUUAGCUCACCAGUGUGGCAGUAGGAGCAAGUCUGAGUUUUACUAUACUUUAAAUGGCAGCUCUGUUGACCCACCAGUGCAGUCCAAAUCCAAAAGCACAUGGUACAUUGACGAAGUUGGGGAAGACCCAGCAAAGUCUCUUACUGAAACACCCCCUGACUUCAACGAUUCCCCCCCGCCCGCUAGGGUUCCGCCGGCUGCCUCGUUAGCCAGUGACAACAAGUUCCAUUCGCUACCCUUCAGCCUGAACCGCAAGAGCGGGCCCAUGGACAACAUGAGUCACGGGCCACUUUCUCUAUCCGUCCAGUCGGUAAUGGGGGAGCAGGCCGAGGUACCGUCACCCACCACCCCCUCCUCGCCACGGCCUGCAACACCUACCAGAGGGCAACCCGGUCUGGAGGUGGGCUCCCUGGUGGAAGUGAAGGAAAACCCCCCUCUGUGUGGAGUUAUCCGCUGGGUGGGUCUUCCUCCAGGCUUGCUGGAACCGUUGGCUGGGCUGGAGCUGGAAGAGGAGUGCCCUGGUUGCACUGAUGGCACCUUCAAAGGUACGCGCUACUUCAAUUGCCCCCCUAAGAAGGCCCUCUUUGUGAAGCUCAAGUGCUGCCGGCCAGACUCCCGGUUCCCGUCGCUGCAUCACUCCGCAAACCCCAUCGAACGCUGCAACUCUAUCGCUUUCGGGGGUUACUUAAGCGAAAUCGUACAUGAGAAUACCCCGCCUCGUAGUGAGACAGAUGGCCUAGACGUCAUGGUCGGCAAGAAGAAAGGCAUCCAGGGCCACUACAACUCCUGCUACUUGGAUUCAACCCUCUUCUGUCUCUUUUCCUUCAGCUCUGUACUGGACACAGUUCUGCUUAGGCCACGCUCCAAGACGGACGUGGAGUAUUACAGAGAAACCCAAGAGCUAUUACGCACUGAAAUAGUCAACCCCCUGCGCAUACAUGGGUAUGUGUGUGCCACCAAAGUUAUGAAACUCAGGAGGAUCCUGGAGAAAGUCGAAGCUGCGAGUGGUUUCACUUCUGAAGAAAAAGAUCCUGAAGAGUUCCUCAACAUAUUGUUCCAUCAUAUACUGCGGGUGGACCCUUUGCUCAAACUAAGGUCGGCGGGACAGAAGGUGCAGGACUGCUAUUUUUACCAGAUAUUCAUGGACAAAAAAGAUAAGGUCGGAGUUCCCACCAUCCAGCAGCUCCUGGAGUGGUCUUUCAUCAACAGCGACCUCAAGUUUGCAGAGGCUCCCUCCUGCCUUAUCAUCCAGAUGCCACGCUUUGGCAAGGACUUCAAAAUGUUUAACAAGAUUUUCCCCUCGCUGGAGUUAGACAUCACAGAUCUUCUGGAAGACACUCCCAGGGAAUGUCGUAUCUGCGGAGGCCUGGCCCUCUUCGAGUGCAGAGACUGCUAUGACGACGGUGACAUCACGGCAGGCAAGAUUAAGCAGUUCUGUGAAAAGUGCAAUACGCAGGUCCACCUCCACCCGAGGAGAAAAAGUCAUCGGCACGGCAAGCUGUGCGUCCCCAAGGAGCUGCAAGACGGUGGCGGGCACCAGGGCACGUUCCCACGCCAGACGAUGGAGCUGUUCGCCGUGCUGUGCAUCGAAACCAGUCACUACGUGGCCUUCGUCAAGUAUGGCAGUGCCGCCUCCGCCUGGCUCUUUUUCGACAGCAUGGCCGACCGAGACGGAGGCCAGAACGGCUUCAACAUUCCGCAGGUGUCACCGUGCCCCGAGGUGGAGGCCUACCUGAAGAUGACGCCUGAGGAGCUGCACACGCUUGACCCCAAGAGCAUCCAAGGGCAAGCCCGACGGCUGCUGUGCGACGCCUACAUGUGCAUGUACCAGAGCCCUACUAUGAGCCUGUACAAGUAGCCCCCACACCGACACCUUCCAUCCUCAUCGUCGUUAUGCUCUUCCUUGGGCCGCCAUGCCGUGCCCCUCCCUCUCUGCCUCCCUCCCUCCCUCAGGGUUGUAGACUUCCCAGAAAGACCCACAAUGAAAAAAUAAACUAAAGAAACGCUUGCCAGGGCCUGGUUUGGAGUUAACCCUCUCCACGCCUGUCGAGUUGCGGAGGGAGGUGGGCGUCGGUGGGCUUUAUUUGCACUGUGCUUUUGUUCAAGUGUUGUUGUGUUCUUCACGUCGUCCUACGUAGCUUCUCUGUAUCUCUGUUGAGCCUUUGCAAAGCUCAAGAAGGAUUUCAAAGACUGGCGUGGGUGUGAAAAACAAGUGGGAGGGCCCUUUAACCCUUUAUAGGGCAAUAAAAAAAAAGAAAAAAAGUUAAACACAUCCUCAUACGUGCACAUCAGAGUUUGCAUCAUGUAGGCCAAAAUUUUAACAUUUGAUAUACAAUAUUUCAUAGUAUUUAGCAACUGCCAUCGGUAUAAAAAUUUGGCCUAUUUGAAAAUGUGACGUCGUCAUAUGUGGAUAUUCCUUAUUUUUUUGUUAUUAAUAAUUGUUUACUUAAUCGUUUUAGAAAUAAAAACAUGGUAACACUUUACAAUAAGGGUCCCUUAAAUGACAUUAAUUAUUGCAUUUUUAGACAAUAAAUAAUGUUUAAGUAACAUUACAAUAAUUAAUAUAAUUGCUUAGCUAACAUUUAUUAAUAUAUUAAUUAACAUGAGUUAAUGCAUAACCAGACAGUAACUAAUAGUUUGGUAAAAUUCAAAAUAUAUAUAGGCCUAUAUAGGGUUAGGGUUAGGGUUUGUUAAUUUAAGCAUUUAUAAUUUCUUAGUUAAGGGACACAUGUGCUACACUUUGCAAUAAGGGUCCAAAAAGCAUUCAGUAAUGGUUAAUAAAGGUUAAGAGGGGGGAACUUAAGCAUUUAUAAUUUCUUAGUAAAGGGAUACGUGUGCUACACUUUACAAUAAGGGUCCAAAAAACAUUCAGUAAUGGUUAAUUAAGGUUAAG